AUGCUGGCUGCUAGAGAAUUGGCUCUUUUGGUGGCUGUUGCUUCAGGGGCCUCCGCUUGGUCCCCCACUGAUAGCUACGUGCCCGGGAAUGUGACCUGUGACGAUGACAUCAAUCUGAUCAGAAACGCGUCGCACACCCUGUCUCAGGACGAGAGGGAGUGGUUGAGUGUGCGGAACAACGUCACGAGGCCCGCUUUGCUCGAGUUCUUGCAGCGGUCGACCGCGAACUUUUCGGAUGACUCGCUGCUUGGGCAGCUGUUUAACUCGUCCUCGGGACGCAACGUCCCCAAGAUCGGGAUUGCCUGUUCUGGGGGUGGGUACAGGGCCAUGCUGAGCGGUGCUGGUAUGCUCGCUGCCAUGGACAACAGGACCCGUGGUGCGAACGAGAACGGGCUCGGCGGGCUGCUGCAGAGUGCCACCUACUUGGCUGGUCUGUCCGGUGGUAACUGGUUGACUGGUACGCUGGCGUGGAAUAACUGGACCUCCGUGCAGACGAUCGUGGACAACUUCACCGUGGACGACUCCAUCUGGGACAUCGACCACUCCAUCAUCAACCCUGGUGGGAUUAACAUCUUUAAGUCCGGGUCCCGCUGGGACCACAUCUCGGACGCCGUCAACGCCAAGCAGGACGCAGGGUUCAAUAUCUCUUUGGCCGAUGUCUGGGGUCGUGCGUUGUCGUACAAUUUCUUCCCUAGUCUUUACCGCGGUGGUGAAGCGUACACUUGGUCCACUUUGAGGGACGCCGAGGUGUUCAAGAAUGCGGAGAUGCCGUUCCCGAUUUCCAUUGCAGAUGGGAGAUACCCGGGCUCGCACGUCAUCGACCUCAACGCUACCCUGUUCGAGUUCAACCCAUUUGAAAUGGGGUCGUGGGAUCCAACGGUGAACAGUUUCACAGACGUCAAGUACCUGGGUACAAAUGUGUCCGAGGGUAAGCCAGUGAACAAGGGCCAGUGUGUUGCCGGGUUUGACAACACCGGGUUCAUUAUGGGCACUUCGUCAACUCUGUUCAACCAGUUCUUGCUGAGAAUCAACGGCACUGGUCUCCCCAAAUUCAUCACGCAAUUGGCCACCCACUUCCUAACAGACCUAUCUGAGGAUUACAACGAUAUCGCCAUCUACGCACCAAACCCAUUCAAGGACGCCAAGUUCCAAAUGGGGAAUGCCUCCACCAGUAUUUCUGACUCCGAGUACCUGUUCCUCGUUGACGGUGGUGAGGACGACGAAAACAUCCCACUGUACCCAUUGAUCCAAGAGCAGCGUGAUCUGGACGUCGUCUUCGCAUUGGACAACUCCGCGGACACGAACCUGUCCUGGCCAGACGGUAACUCCCUAGUGCACACGUACCAACGUCAAUUCGGUGCCCAGGGUAAGGACACCGCAUUCCCAUACGUCCCUGACGUGAACACUUUCGUCAACCUGGGGUUGAAUGAGAAACCAACUUUCUUCGGUUGCGACGCUCGUAACUUGACCGACUUGGAAUACGUCCCACCUCUUGUCGUUUACAUUCCAAACGCAAGACACUCCUUCAACGGGAACCAGUCCACUUUCAAGAUGUCGUACUCUGCCAGGGAACGUUACGGUAUGAUCCAAAACGGAUUCGAGUCUGCAACAAGGGGGAAUUUCACAGACGAUCAGGACUUCUUGGGCUGUAUCGGGUGUGCCAUCAUGAGACGUAAGCAACAAUCCUUGAACUACACUUUACCAAGUGAGUGUGAGACUUGUUUCACGAACUACUGUUGGAACGGUACCAUUUCUAACGAGCCAGCGUUGGGCGUUUCCGACGCUGCUGAGGUCCAGUCGUCCCAGUUGGCUUCUGCACUAAGUACUGCGUCCGCCGACGCCAGCUCUGUGGUCGCUUCGUCCACUGGUUCCGUCUCGUCAAAAUCCAAAGUAAGAAAGAACGCUGCUAACGCGGUCAAUGUGGACUCUGUCUCGGGCCGUUUGAUCACACUUGUGGCGAUGUUGGGUUCUGUUAUUGGGUUCAUUUGA